AUGGGCCGAUCACAGGGCACACUAGGCGCCAGCGCGAAACAUACGAGAGGAGAUGACACUGCAAUUCCUACGAUGGCAGGGUGCCUCUCCAUCUCGCAGAUAAACUUGCAGCACUGCAAAGCGGCCACGAACCUGCUCCGCUGGCGCCAUGCUGCGCAGCACACAGAUAUACACAAGUACACAGAUAUAAGAGCCCUGAUACAAGAACCCUGGAUAAUCCAAGGGCAAGUAGGGGGGCUAGAUCUGAAACAAGGCUCCAUCUUCCACGGGGACUUGGAGAUCGGACCCAGGACGUGCGUCUAUGUGAAAAGAGGGCUCAGGGCAACGAAACUGGCAGAAUUUUGCACAAGAGACCAAGCAGCAGUCCUAGUGCCAGCCGGAGCGGGAGGUAGCGGGGCGAACCUGGUGGUUUGCUCGACCUACCUGCCCUACGACUCUGAGGGACCCCCGCCCACGAGGGAACUCAGAGAGCUGGUGGACUACUGCAAAGUCAGAGGGCUGCAACUAGUGAUUGGGUGCGACGCAAAUGCGCACCAUAUCGUCUGGGACAGCAGCGACAUAAAUAAAAGAGGCGAGGCGUUAUUAGAAUACCUCGCAAUCACGGACCUGGAGAUUCUAAACAGAGGCUCCAGUCCAACGUUUGUCACCUCCCGGCGACAGGAGGUACUUGAUAUCACGCUGGGCUCCGCAAAGGCGGACCAAGCCAUACGGGCAUGGCGUGUGGAAUAUGAGGCUACGCUCUCUGACCACAGACUAAUCACUUUCAAGCUAAUGACGGACUCAGACCUAAGGGCCUCGGAAACGUACAGGAACCCCAGGGCCACCUGCUGGCCUCAAUACCGUGAGAGCCUAGAGGGACAGCUCAGGGGGCACUGCGUUAGACCGAGGACCACGGAGGGGAUCGAGGUGGAGGUCGCAAGACUGCAGACCUCGAUCAUCGGCUCCUACGAAAGGUCAUGCCCGUUAAAGCAAAGGAGAGAAAGCAGAAGGGUUCCCUGA